AUUAACAUCACUACAACCCUAAAUGGCCUCCAAACUGAAUGGUAUUUUAAGCCGGUGGCUCCUGUGUUUACUGCAAGACUAACUUUAAAUGGCUUUUCUCUUGUUCGUCACUUCCUUUGAAACGGACACACUACCUUCUCUCAGGCGAUACAUUAUACCUGGUUGGCCUUACCAACAAAGCCCUUUAGGGUGUGUGUCUGCGUGUGUGUGAUUUCUACAAAAUGAGAGCCCCCAGCGAUGAAGAAAUACAGCUUUAGUCAUGAAAGUCAUAAAGGCAAAUAGGGCAACAAUAAAAACAAGGACGAGCGAUGCCAAAAGAGGAAGAAUAAAAACGAGAGGUGACAAGGGCGGGACUCUCAGAAAAAUAUAAAUAUCCAAGUCUUUUGUCUCAGGAUCAGUCUACGCACUUUCAAUCCAUCUGAAGCCAUCAUCCUUCACCAGCAUCAACAUGAGAGCUAUUGUGUUUCUUUGUAUGCUGCAUGCAGCUUUUGGUAUGGACGAAUAUGGCUGGGUGGAUCCUUCCUCUACUUCUGACACGGCAUCCAAUCCGUGUUAUUUGGAUCAGCAAUCGUGUGGCUGCUGUGUGAUGCAGAAGCAAUUGAACAAGAUGGAACAGUACUUUAACUUCAGCUAUGAAGGAAUGCACCACGUCCUGACAGAAUCAAAGAUGGCCCUCAACAAUUUCAGAGAGAGCCGCAGUGCCUUCUCUGUCGCUCUCAACAGCAACGCUAGAAUGCUCUGCUUUGGCCCCUUCCCUGACGACAAACGCAUCCCUUUCAAACACGUCUUCAUCAAUCUGGGUGAUAGCUACAGUACGGACACCAGUAUCUUCACCGCUCCUCGCUCUGGUGUCUACAGCCUCGCCGUCACCAUCUACAGCGACAUUGAUUCUCCUAUUAACCCCUUUGCCGCCUGUGCUAACCUGAUGGUCAACGGCCAUGCGGUGGCUGUUUUACCGGAACAUAAAGGCAAUGACCCUGAAGACAGUUCCACGGUGGUGGUGGCUGUGGGACUGAAGGCUGGGGACCAGGUGGUGGUCCUCCUGCCUGCAGGAUGUGUCAUCUGUGAUAACCUAAGCCACUUUAACACUUUCACUGGCUUCCUGCUGCAUACCACCGACUCAUAGGCUAAUUCUAACUGUGUAAGGCUUUGCACUUAACUGUUUUUGAGUCUGUUAGAUAAAUGCCCGACUUGAAGGCUCUAAUAUUUUUCUGAUAUUUUUACUAUCACCAAUCCUGCCGAUGCUUUCAUAAUUUCCCUUUGAGGGAAGCCAAGUUUUUAAUCAACUUAUUUUUUCUUUUUCUUUCGUUGAUGAUCUUUAAAGCUACUAAGAUGAUUUUAAGUGAAAUGUGAUAGAAAUGUGAAUUCAAAAAAAUGUUGUACCUGAAACUUACCACUGAAAUAAACCAGACUUUUGAACAGA